AUUAAUACAUGCUAUUGAUAUUGAAAACACAAAAAUUACUGGCUGAAAAAUACAAACAAAUUAAGGUUGCUGAACUGAAUAUACAUAAAGGAGAAAAUGGUGCCUCCCAAAGAGAGCAUAGAUCUGGAGUGUUUCCUGGUAACCAAGCACUCUUGGAAGGGAAAAUAUAGACGCAUUUUGUCUAUUGGAAAUUUGGGUAUUUCCACAUACAAUCCAGACAAGCUGGAUCUUACAAAUCGUUGGACUUACUCAGACAUUGUAUCGGCGGCACCAUCUAAAGCAUCGAAUAUACCCAAUGAAUUUAUCUUGACGGUCAAGAAAGACAAGAAACUUGAUUCAAUUAAACUAUCAUCUGAAUACCGCAAUGACAUUUUGACAUCCAUUUUGAAAUACUACAAAGAAUUUGCCGAUAAACCCAAAAAUGCUCAUCGUUUUUCAGCUUACAAAUACCACUGGUCUGGUAUUAGUUUGCCCACAGUUUUGGAAGUGACGCCAUGCUCAUUGGAUCAGUUGGACCCAACAACGAAUGAAAUACUUGCCAGUUACAUGUACAAAGACAUUGAAGGCAUAAUAGCAGGCAUUUCGGACUAUGAAGGUGGGAUUGUUAUGGCCUAUGGUGGCUUCAGUCGUUUACAUUUGUUCAAGGCCCUGAAUCAUCAUGAAAUCGUACAGAACAUUGCCCACAAAUGUUCACAAUUUCUUGGCAUAGACAUCAAAAUACUGAAAUCGCAAAUAACUCUGGAGCAAUUCGAAAGACAAAGAUUUGGAAAAUACAGUGGUGAUCAAUUCCAAACUUCUAUGACUGAGUUUACUGUACAAAAAAUAACUCCACGCCAUCCAGAUCCUGUAAAGCGUAUACUAUGCCUUACGGAAACAACCAUACUAGAACGUGAUCCCCAGACGUAUAGUGUUUGUACUUUACGACCUCUGUGUGAAGUAUUUGCCUUGGUUCGGGACAAAGAUAACUUGCAAAAGUUUUGUAUUGAAUAUAAAAAUGGCAUUGUUCGUUCGUAUACCACAAACGAUCGUGAUUCUUUGUUGGCCACUUUAUUGGACGCAGUACGUUCGAGCGGCAAUCAAGAUGUACAUAUACAAAUUGUCAAUACCCCCAGAGGCAAACGCUAUGUGCCGCUCAACAGCUGUGUCGAUGAAGAGACUGAGGCUAACCUCUUGCGUUUGGUAAUGAAUAACUUCCAAAAUCCUGCCAAACGUUACGAAGUGUUAGAACGUUUCAAUGCAAAUGUUCCACAUAGUGGUUUAAAUUAUAGUGUGACACAAGAUAGUUUAUUUGCAGAGAACAAAGAAAAACUAAUACUUAGUGCCCUUCAGGCUUUGGCCCAAAAGGAAGUCGACAAUCCAACAGCCCAGUUAACAAACCUAGAACUUGAAGCCAUAUUUCAUGCUCUAACUCGCCUGCUUGCCAGUAAAGUGGGCUAUGCUGCAUUUACAAAUUUACCCGGUUUCCGUGAAAUAAUUGGCACGAAAAUUGUGGCUGCCCUAAGGCGUAAGGAUUUGGCCGUGACAUAUUCAGCCAUUGAUAUGAUCAAUUCACUGAUGCACUCAGUUAAUUCUGAGCAUGAUUUAAAGCAAGAACAACUCAACAAAUCCUCAAUAUUAUCCUCGAAAUCAUUUUUGGAAACCCUCCUCAAUAUGUGGACGACACAUGUCAGCCAUGGCAGUGGUGCUUUGGUGUUGUCGGCCAUGUUGGACUUUUUGACAUUUGCAUUAUGUGUGCCUUAUAGUGAAACUACAGAUGGCAAACAGUUCGAUAUUCUCUUGGAGUUGGUGGCCGAAAGAGGUCGCUAUCUAUACAAAUUGUUCCAACAUCCUUCUUUGGCUAUAGUCAAGGGAGCUGGUUUGGUUCUGAGAGCGAUUAUAGAAGAAGGAGAGCUACAAGUUGCCCAGCAAAUGCAAUCUUUAGCCUUAGACGAGGCGGCUUUGUGUCGGCAUUUAUUAGUGGCCCUUUACACACCCUCCAAUGAUCCCACACUGGUUACACAUCGUCAAUUAUCUAGACAUUUAAUAGGCUUAUGGAUAACAGAUAACGCAGAAGCAUUAGAACUAUUUAAACGGAUAUUUCCUGCUGGCUUGUUAAUGUUUUUGGAAUCGGAAGAAAGUGUACCCGAAAAUGAUGUCGAGGAGGACAAAUUAAACUUUCGUGAUAAUUUAAAAUUCGCCAUACAACAUUCCAAUAAAACUCGUAAGAAUGUCAUUGAGAAGCAUUUACAGGGUAUCAAACAUUGGGGCAUGAGUCUAAUAGAACAGCAGGAUAGUGCUGCCCAAGCCUUGAAAAAUCGUCCCGUUGUUUUGCGUAAUCGCCGUCAGCGCAAAAAGACCUCCGAGUCUGUGGUAAAUCUUCCCUAUUUCUUUUACAAUUUUUCCAAGGAUCAUAGCUUGCCUAAUUUAAUAUGGAAUCAUAAGACAAGGGAAGAAUUGCGUAUUUGUUUGGAAAACGAAUUACGCCAAUUUAUAAAUGACCGUGAUUUGGCUGGCAAUACAAUAGUAGCAUGGAAUUAUCAGGAGUUUGAAGUGACAUACCAAUGUUUGGCUGAUGAAAUACAAAUUGGGGACUAUUAUAUACGUUUGAUCUUGGAAAAGGAUGAUUGGCCACAGAAUUUGGUUAAAGACCCAGUGGAAUUGUUUAAUGCUCUAUAUCGCCGUGUCUUGUGUCGACAACGUGUUAAUGAUGAUCAACUGACAGUCACUUCCCUGCAAGCUUUGGCCAAGGUCUAUAAGCGUUAUCACAAAGAAAUCGGACAAUUCAGUGACAUGUCAUAUAUAUUACAGCUGUCUGAUCGUUGUUACUCACCCUCAUUGCGCGAUGCCCUUAUACAUUUAAUAUCCUGUCUGGUGAUGGAAAAGGCCAACUGUCGCCCAUUGGUGGAUCAUGUUCAGUGCCUAGUUGAUCUAAUCACUUUGGCUCACUUACAUCAGGGCCGUGCCCAACCGAACACAAAAACCAAUGUUAUUGAGGCUGGGCCCAAUAUGCAACAAUACGAAGAAAAAGAUUGGUAUUACAAUAUAGAAAAAGAGGGACAGAAGCCCGAGCGUCAGGGUCCCAUUACCUAUUCGGAGCUAAAGGAAUUGUGGUCUAAGGGUAUUAUCACACCAAAAACCCGUUGCUGGGCAAUCGGCAUGGAUGGUUGGCGUUCCCUGCAACAAAUACCCCAGCUAAAAUGGUGCCUUAUUGCCAAAGGUCAACCUUUGUACAAUGAAACGGAAUUGUCGUCCAUGAUAUUAGAUAUACUCAUCAAAUGUACCAGCUUUUUCCCCUCGAGAACCCAAAAUGGCCAAGCAGUCUUGAUUCCUGGUCCAAAGCUUUCGCGUAAACUUUCUGAAUUCAUUUGCCUACCGCACAUAGUGCAGGUAUGUUUAACCCACGAUCCCGGUCUAUUGGAGCGCGUGGCCACACUUCUCUGUCAAAUAAUGCAGGAUAAUCCGGAAAUGCCAAAGGUCUAUCUGACCGGUGUUUUCUAUUUCAUGUUAAUGUACAGCGGUAGUAACAUUUUACCCAUAACCAAGUUUCUUAAAAUGACCCACAUGAAACAAGGCUUUCGCAGUGAGGAAACCUCCCAAUCGGGUAUAAUGCAUCGCAGCAUAUUGGGUCAAUUGCUGCCAGAGGCAAUGGUUUGCUUUUUGGAAAAUUACAGUGCUGAGAAAUUUGCCGAAAUAUUUUUGGGAGAAUUUGAUACACCCGAAGUCAUUUGGAGUUCGGAAAUGAGAAGGCUAUUGAUAGAAAAAAUUGCGGCUCACAUUGCUGAUUUUACGCCCCGCCUUAGAGGUCACACCAUGGCCAGAUACCCAUAUCUUGCCAUACCAGCCAUAAGCUAUCCCCAACUGGAGAACGAGCUUUUCUGCCACAUCUAUUAUCUACGGCAUUUGUGUGAUACACAAAAGUUUCCCAAUUGGCCGAUAUCGGAUCCGGUACAGUUGUUGAAACACACAUUGGAUGCCUGGCGCAAAGAAGUGGAAAAGAAACCGCCACAAAUGACCGUCCAACAGGCGUACAACGACUUGGGCAUAGAUUUGAAUAAACACCCCAAGCCGGAUGAGUCGAUGAUCCGGAAAAGUUAUUAUCGUUUGGCUCAAAUUUACCAUCCCGACAAGAAUCCCAAUGGGCGUGAGGUGUUUGAGAAGGUUAAUCAAGCAUAUGAGUUUCUGUGUUCAAGAAAUGUAUGGAGCUCCGGAGGGCCAGAUCCCAACAAUAUUGUAUUGAUCCUGAGAACGCAGAGUAUAUUAUUCGAAAGAUACGCCGAUGUUUUGCGUCCAUAUAAAUAUGCCGGCUAUCCCCAACUCAUUAAAACUAUACGCCUGGAAACAAAGGACGACGAACUAUUCUCCAAAGAAACCCAGCUGCUCACUGCUGCCUCGGAACUUUGCUAUCACACGGUGCAUUGUUCGGCAUUGAAUGCCGAGGAGUUAAGACGGGAGGAAGGCAUAGAAGCCUUGCUGGAGGCCUACGAUCGUUGUGUUUCCAUUAUGGGUGCGGAUUCCAAACCUGAGUCGCUACACUACCAAGUGAUUUCGAAUGUUACACGUUGCUUUGAGGUGGCCUGUAACUUUGAAAAGUGUAAACAAAAGAUUAUUACUCUGCCUCGACUAAUGUCCGAUGUCUGUCGUGUUGUGUAUUUUAAGCACACCCUCUCCGUGAGUUUAGUUACCAGCUUGGCAGCCAAUAACUAUGAGUUGCAGUGCAAUUUAGCAUGUAAUGGAGUGCUUUGGUCUUUGCUGUUAUUCUGCUUUGAAUACGACUACACAUUGGAUGAGAGUGGUGUUGAGGCCAGCGAUAAAACCAACCAGCAACAACAGGCAAAUACAUUGGCCAAGAUGUCCGUUUUGGCUUGUAUAGCACUGGCCGGCUAUGGUCUGGACUUGCGUAACAAACCGGAUAGCAAAUCUGUAAGUUCAUCUGGAAAUAAUUCCCCCACGACCAGUACGGGGUCCAUUACGAACAAACCAAUAACCCAACCGCCCAGAGUUAAACCAACAACCUAUACCCAAAAUGCACAAAAUCCCUUACAAAAUAAACAGCUUGCCAUAACAACGGGGCAAGAGGUUGGCGUCGUUGGCAAUGCUGCCGGCAGUAGUAAUAAUGGAUCUGCAUCGACGCCAAAAACUGUGCCCAAACAAGACUCAACAAGUGAUAAGUCUGAAGCUACUUCACCAGAACGCAACACGACAAAAACAUUAGAUCUGUUGAGCCAAAAAUACACAGUAACAUCUGAUGCUCAAAAUGCCGUCGUUAAACAAGUUCUGGAACGCCUCCUAACCAAGUACAUAGCCAAUAAACUAACAAAAGAAAAAGAUAGUGAGAUUUUAAAAAUACUUACAUCGAACACUCGAAAUCCCUAUAUAAUAUGGGACAAUGGUACGAGAGCUCAAUUAUUGGAUUUCCUUGAACAACAACGAUCGGCCUCAGUGAAGGAAACCUACGAGGACAUAACAGAAAUACAUGAAUUGGUGGCACAGUUUGAAUUCGAUGCACACAAAGAUGAAUUACAGAUUGGUGGUGUUUUUAUACGUAUCUAUAAUGAUAUGCCCACAUUCCCGAUACAAAAUCCCAAACAAUUUGCUUGGGAUUUGUUGGAAUACCUUAAGCAAGCCUAUCACUAUAUGAUGUGUAUGAAAAAUUCCUCGCAAACAAUACCCUAUAGCGGUGGCGAAACCAUGUCAUCAGAAGGUGCUGGCGGGGAUGGUAUUUUAAAACCAACACUGGCACCAAAUCAUCCGCAAUUGAAAUUGCAACAUCAACAAAAAACUGGAAGCACAUUCGAUGAGGUGCUUAAUGCCUACAAUCGUUCCAAGUCACGUAAGAAACUGGAGACAGAGGCAUUGUUGGAACAGCAACGGAUUCAAAGUCAAUAUAAAUAUGAUUUCGCCAAGGACACAAGUGUAGAACAGCAUAUUAUAAUGGUGCUCAAAGCAUUGAUAGCUGUUAUCAAGGCCAAUCAUGAUGUGGAAAUUCAGUGCAUAGGGAACUUUGAAAUGAUAUUUGGAUUUUUAGCCAACAAUCUGUUUAGUGAUAAUACCACUGUCAAAACAGUGGCCCUGGAAGUGGUUGCCUUAGUGUCGAGAAACAAAGAAUGUAUUACGGAAAUUGCAGCCUGUGAAGUAUUGGGUAACUUUUUGGUUGCCCUCAAGGAUCCUGAUUUAAGAGCCAGCCAAGUCAAAGUCUUGGAGACUUUGUCCGGUCUAAUGAACGUCCAAGAAAUGAUCAAAGAGGCUCAACAAAAAGGAGCUGUCAUUUAUUUAUUGGAUAUGUUCUGUAAUUCACGAAAUCCCUUGAUACGUGAAAUGUGUGCCGAAAUCUUGGCCAAAAUGACAGCUGACAGAUUAAGUGGACCAAAGGUUCGCAUAACUGUAACUAAAUUUUUGCCAGCAUUAUUUGUGGAUGCCAUGAUUGAAUCGCCACAAACCUCGGUGCAAUUAUUUGAAUCAAUACACGAGCAUCCUGAAUUGAUAUGGAACGAUAAGACUAGAGACAAUGUAGGCAAUGCCGUCAAUGAUAUGUGUGAAAGUUUCUAUAGAGCUCAGAAACUGAAUGCAAAACACGCGUGGAAAGAUCCUGAAAUUCUCAAAGAUAUUAUUUCCAAUGAAAUUGUGGUGGCUGGUGUAUAUUUACGUCUCUUCGUGGCAAAUCCAGCCUGGACAUUGCGGAAACCCAAACAAUUCCUAUCUGAUCUCUUAGAUUUUGUAGUCGAUCAAAUAAGCAAAAGUUCUUCAGAGAAGGAUGUACUGGAUCUCUCAACGACUGCUUUAGUCGAACUUUUACGUUCCCAGCCAAAUUUGGCUGAUGAUAUUCCUGUUUUGGGUCAUAUUCCAAAGUUAUUUAAUCUUUUGUCCGUGCAACCAAAGAACACGUUGUCAGUAUUACAUCAGUUGUCGCUGUCUGAGUUUUGUGUGAGCUCAAUAUCGCAAACUGAGUGCAUAUUGCCAUUGAAAAAAUGCAUGGAGCACAAUCGAGAUUGCAUAGAGAAAUCUUGCGAAACACUAAGUCGGCUAUUUAAGCAUCAACAUGAUUCUUUGAUAAGUCAAUCCUUGGAAGCUGGCCUCAUACCCUAUUUAUUGGGUUUGUUAGAUAGUCGCCUAGAUUAUGUGGACAAUGCCUCGGCUGUUAAGGCACAAAUCGUAGCUGCACUCAAGGGCAUGACUACAAAUCUAAAUUAUGGUGAUCGUGUAAAUCAAAUACUACAAAAACAUCCAGUAUGGGCUGAAUUCAAAGAUCAAAGACAUGAUCUAUUUAUAACAGAUACCAAUGUCAGAGGAUAUUUAACGGGUAUCAAUCCUACAGCAGGCUACCUCACUCAAGGACCGGCACAAAAUGUUGAAGUGCUAACGUCGCCACCACCUAUGGACCGAGAUGAUCCUUCUGCACGACCUCCUGAGGAAUAAUAUUUACCUUUUACAAAUAUUUUUUAAUGUUUUUUUAUGGUAUUUCUUUCUUUUCUUUCCACACACACACACAAGUUUCUUUAUUUGCAACAGAGAAAGAACAACAGAAGUCAACACACCAGAAUUUUUUUCUAAAAAAAUGUUGUGUUACAUUUUUCUAAUAUAAUUUAGGUCUUAUUGCAAAAUAGUCUUUAAUUGAUAAACAAAACAAAUGUUUUAUACAAUAUAUCAAAUAAUCUCCAUUAAUUAAAAUCAACAAAUUACCAAGUUUUCGAUAUGUGUUAUAAACAAACAUUUUAUUAUUAUUUUUUUUCUUUAUAAUUGAAGUUUUUUCCUUUUAUUUGCAAUAUGCAAAUAAUUUAUUACACAAAGCAAGCGUCUUAUACAUAUAUAUGUAUUAUAAUUAUAAUUUCUAUUUCUACAUUAAAUACCAUUUAUAAAAAAGAAAUUCAAAAUGCAUAGUGAUGAAAUAAAAUGUAAAACAAUUCAUGUAACAAUUUAGUUAUCGCGAUUUAUUCCCAAAAUACUGUUAUGGCCAAACGAAUGUAAUCGACGCAUGAAGCCAAAGCGGUAA